CAUGGCGGACGAGGAAGGAACUUGUUCUACUUCUCAACCAAAAAGGCUAAAAACCGGACCACGAAAGUAUUUAAAGCUUCCAAUUGAAGUGUGUGAGAGCCAUGAAGAUGUCCUUUAUCACAUACAGCGUGCAAUUGCUUCGAAAUAUUUGCCUUUUCAAGGUAUUACAAUGGUUCAUUUGGACUCCCAUCCUGACCUGACCAUUCCGAUGAAGAUGCCUGCAGACUUGGUUUUCGAACCUGAACGACUUUUUGAACGGAUAAGCAUUGCUGACUGGAUCCUGCCGGCUGUUUAUGCAGGUCAUAUCAGUCGUCUCGUAUGGGUUAAACCAGAAUGGGCUGACCAGAUGGAGGAGAAAUCACAGCAAAAGUUUUAUGUUGGUAAAGACAAAGACACAGGUUAUUUGAGGGUUUCCUGUGUGGAUGACUAUUAUCUGGAAGAACUUCUCUAUGCUCCUCAGGACCAGCUGGAAAAUUCCCAAGAACUUGAGCUUAUUAUGUUUACCUUAAAAUCGACCAAGAAUUUAUCAACAGCUGCUAAAGACAAGAAAGAAGUGAUGAAAACUGAUGGUCUUAUGAUCGAGGGAGCUAAAUCUUUAUGCCAACCACAAAGUAAUUAUAAAAAAAGCCAUGAAGACAAACAAAAAGAAGAAAAAGCUACCAAGCAAAAUAAUGAAAUGUUAGAGGAACCAGAAUCAGAAGAGGAAUAUUUCACAUUGCAAGGUUCAUUUAAUAUUCAAGAUGUUGAAAAACAGGGAAAUUAUAAACCAGAAGAAUCAGUGCGUUUAUCUGAGUUACUAAAAACAUUAUUAUCAGACAAUGAACCAUAUAUAUUGGAUAUUGAUAUGGAUUUCUUCUCUACUAAAAACCCUUUUAACGAACKUUUCAAUGAGGAGGAGUUCCAGAGUCUUAGACAAAUAUACAACUUUAUUCCACCAACAUCAAAACAGAAAGAAGACUUGGACAACUGCACAGAGGCAAGAGCUGCUCAACUAGCUUGCAUAGACUUUACAUUUGAAUAUUUUAAAACUGGAGGAAGUGGAAAAGACUCCACAUGUGAAGGAAAUAUGAUGGUGAAUAAGCAACUUUUGAAUCUUCUGGAAGAGAUGAAGGAAUAUGGUGGAGAAGAGCCUGACUUGGAACUGAUGCAUUCUGCAGGCAUGACGAUAGACCUACCACAUCAUGUCAGUACCAAACAGGAAAUAGACAGUCUUCUAACUGAUGUCUGUUAUACAUUACAGUCACUAUCUAAACCUACCAUGGUUACCAUGGCAAGGUCAGCUCAUGAUGAAUACACCCCACCCCAUCAAGUAAAGUACAUCCAGUCAUCUCUCAUCAGUAUUCUUGGUUCUGUGUAUGGUUUGGACUGUAUAGAUAUUCAUCUGCAUUACAAAGAGCAAAUCACAAGCUGAAGUUUCGACGAUAAAGCAACGAGGUGGCUCUCAACUUGGGCGGCCAAAAAUUAACCUUUGUUAAUUAAAGGGGUUGGUACCCCGGAGGAAAUGUGAAAUGAAUGACAAGCGAACUAAAUGAAACUAAAGGUCUGUAGUUCGAUGUGUUAUCAAAUACUAAUGUUGUUAUGAACGACGUCCACGGUGACUCUAUGGCGGCGAGGUUUCCGACUUUUCUUAGUUGCCAUCUUUCUUACUCUCGGUUCGAUCUGAUAUAUGCUUCAAUAUAUACACAACAACUUUGACUUUGACAAAUUGUAAAAUUUCAUAAGAUUAGCCUUUUUAAAAAAAUUAAAAUUAGCCUCUUAUUUUGCCCUUUGCAUGGUUUUCAAAU